AUGUCGGAGAGUGGCAGCGGAAGCGGCGGCGCCACCGCGGAAAUUGUGAGAGAAGAACCGUCAUCGUCGUGGAGACUGAAUGUGAAAGAGUUUAAGUUGCCACGUCACCACCACAAUCCUCGUCACCAUGAUCAUCAUGAUCAUGAUCACCGUCCACGUUCCUUCACUUUCAGUGGCCUUGUUGGUAAUCCAAAAAGGCAACGCAAGGUUGCAGAAUACUACAAACAACAGGAGAGGCUCCUUGAAGGAUACAAUGACAUGGAUACCAUGACUGAAACAGGACUUUUCCCUGGAAGUCUUACCGAGGAUGAAAUGAAGCAACUAGCAAAAAGUGAAAGACUAGCCGUUAAUGUGUCGAAUGCAGUUAACUUGGUCUUAUUUGCAGCCAAAGUGUAUGCUUCAAUUGAGAGCAGAUCAUUAGCAGUGAUUGCUUCCACUUUGGAUUCUCUCUUAGAUCUCUUGUCAGGAUUCAUACUGUGGUUCACUGCUAAUGCCAUGAAAACACCAAACCAUUAUCACUAUCCAAUUGGAAAAAAAAGGAUGCAACCAGUGGGUAUCAUUGUUUUUGCAUCCGUAAUGGCAACCUUGGGAUUGCAGAUUUUGAUUGAGUCUGGCAGGCAAAUUAUUUCCAAGACAAAGGCUGAAAUGGAUCAUAGUGAGUUGAUGUGGAUGAUUGUGAUCAUGGUAUCUGUGACCAUUGUAAAGUUCAUUUUAAUGGUGUACUGUCGAAGGUUUACAAAUGAAAUCGUUAAAGCCUACGCACAAGAUCAUUGUUUUGAUGUUAUUACUAAUUCAGUUGGAUUAGCUGCUGCUGUGUUUGCUGUCAAGUUCUAUUGGUGGAUUGAUCCAUUGGGAGCUAUUAUUAUAGCACUGUACACAAUUAAUACAUGGGUGAAGACAGUGAUUGAGAAUGUAUCAUCACUUAUUGGAAGGACAGCACCACCUGAUUUUCUAGCGAAGUUGACAUACCUAAUAUGGAAUCAUCAUGUACAAGUUAAACACAUAGAUACUGUGAGAGCAUACACUUUUGGUGCUCAUUAUUUUGUUGAAGUAGAUAUUGUGUUGCCAGAAGACAUGCCAUUAAAUCAAGCACACAAUAUUGGUGAGACACUUCAAGAGAAGCUUGAGCAACUUCCUGAAGUUGAAAGAGCUUUUGUGCACAUUGAUUUUGAAUUUACUCACAGGCCUGAACACAAGAUGAUGGUGUAA